AUGGUAUAUCACUUCAACGCUUUGGAGAGUCAGGUCGCCUCUAUGCCAUCAUCUUCCAAGAGCUCAAUGGGAUCUCUACCAGGAAAACCAGAAAAGAAUCCCAAGGAGUCUUGCCAUGUUAUCAUCUCUACUACUUCUUCAGAGAUUGGGCUGAACUACGGAAAGGGUCAGGUACAAGCAGAAAGGAAGGUUGAAGCAACAAAUCUGCCGAGAGCUGAGCCUAGGGAUGAGAAACUGGUUGAGAGGAGAGCUGACCAUAAGCUGAAGGCGGUCAAGCUGGAAGAAGCUCCUGAGGUUGAGCUACCACCAUAUGAGGUCCCACUCCCAUUUCCACAAAGGGUCCUCACCCAAGCUCAGAAGAAGGUUAUCUUCAAGUUCAGGAAAGGUCUUAGUGAUGUUGGGGUCAGGCUCCCAGAAAUCUCCGAUAUGCGUGAAGCUCAUGUCCAAAUGAUGCUCAUCAAGGACAUUCUAGACCACCAAGCAGAAGUGGUCGAGCUUUUGGACAUCUCCAUUUUGAAGAUUGAUCCACCAGUCCCUCCACAGUCCCUCCCUAAGCUAGAGUCUCAAGGGAAGUUCACAUUGUCUUGCUCCCUUGGUAAGAUCACUAUGAAUGAUGCUUUGGUUGAUUCGGGUGCAAGUGUGAAUGUGAUCUCAUUGGAAAUGGUGAAAAGUCUUGGUAUUGAGAGCAUGGAGCCAAACACAUCUUCUCUCAUGUUUGGGGAUUCAUCUUCUACAACCCCAAUUGGCCUCAUCAAGGACUUCCCUUUGAAGAUUAGAGAAUGCACAAUUCCUAUAGAACUCACUGUCUUGAAGAUGACCUCACUCCAUUUCUCACAACAGUUGGACCAUGUAUUGAUUUCCCAAACAAGAAGGUCACAUUUCUGA